ACCGAAAUGUCUCACACAAUUUUGCUCGUACAGCCUGGUCCAAGGCCUGAAACGAGAACCUAUUCCGACUACGACAGUGUCAAUGACUGUAUGGAAGGUGUCUGCAAGAUUUACGAAGAACAUUUGAAGCGGCGAAACCCUAAUACGCCUACGAUAACGUACGACAUAUCACAAUUGUUCGAUUUUGUUGAUCAGCUGGCCGACCUCAGUUGCCUGGUAUACCAAAAAUCUACUAACACAUAUGCACCCUACAAUAAGGACUGGAUAAAAGAAAAAAUUUAUGUUUUACUACGCCAAGCAGCUGGACAGAGUGACUAGAAUAGGUUAGCAAAGGUUAAGACUGAGCACAAAUAAGUAAUGCAUAAAGUCAUACGUACCCUUGAUAUAAUAAACCAUACAUGAUCAUUCGUAAAAAAAAAUAGGAACAACAUGAA